AUGGAAAUUAGAAUAAGUUUAGCGGCAGGGGCUCGCAAAGCUGCCCUCUUUCCAAAUCCCAAUUCUCUGAAACCGCAACCAUCCACCGGAGGGCAAAACUCGCCAAGUAAAACACCGCCUGCCCUCCCGCCUCACCCCCGGCCACGGCCCAUUCCUGCCCCACCAGCAGCCCAGAAACCUACGAUUAUCAACAACUACUACUACAUGUCGUCGCCAUCGCAACCGGGAAAUGUUGCUCCUUCACAGCCGCAGCAGAUCCCCCAUCCCUAUUUGAGUCCCCGGUCUUCCUUCACGAGGGCGUCCCAAGAAAACAGACGAUCGUCGCACUCGUCCCGCUCGCAACGGCCGCCAGUGCUGGAAAAGGUUCCCAGGACGUCUUCCGAGGAGGCUGGGAUUUAUUCUUCGCCGUCGUUGGCCCGUCUCGAGUUACAUCCCCGGCUGCCCCAAGUCGACCUCGACGACCCGGUUCCAGACCCGCAAGUGCCUAAUCUGCUGAGUCUGCUCUCGCGAAUGAGUCCCGACUCGAUAUCCGUUCACAACCGGGAGCUCUACGGCGCAUUCUUGCAGUUUGGCAAGGACUCGAUCGAUUACGAGGAUCUGCGACAGCUGCUGGUCAAUCCGGAAGGAACGCAUUUCAGAUCUGACAGUGCCAGACGCCUCUGCAACACCUUCGUGUCGACCACGUCUGAGUUGGAAUUUCGAGAUUUCAUCAGGUUGUGCAAGUUCCUCAAGGGAUGCUACGAUUCGUUCAAAUAUCACGACUCAGAUAAAUCAUGCUACCUAGAGCCCGCAGAGUUUUCCAAGUCGCUCAGAUACAACCAGAUCACGUGCCCGGACAGCCUGCUGCAGCAGGUGUUCAGGAACUCGCCCAACCUGAACCUGGAAGCCUACGUUCUCGCGGUGAUUCUGAUCCGCAAUCACGAGCGCAAACACCUUUACACCAGAUAG